CCCAACAGGCUGACAGCAGAGAUAUGCUGCUGCACUGCUGCACACUGGAUUUAUCAACAGUCACUGGAGCUACAGAGCUAUUUCCUUUAACGAGUUUCAAGGAUGAGACAGAUCAGGGCAAAACUUGUCUUGCUGGUGGGAGUUCUUGGUCUGUUGGUCCUCCAUCUCUGUAAAGACUUUAUUGACCACAAACACAUCUACUUUAAUCUAGAUGUGAGAGACAAUGAGGACCAAAUAAAGCAACCCACAACAAGGAGCUCCGAUGUGUACUCCUGGCCAAAAUGUCCAAGAAAUACAUCUGCUGACAACAUCACAGGCUUCAGCUCUCUUCCUGGUGAUAUAAAAGACUUUCUCUAUUAUCAACACUGUCGCCAUUUCCCCAUGCUGCUGGACCUUCCUGACAAAUGUGGGGGAGUUGAUAAAUCUGCAGAAGUCUUCCUCCUGCUCGUCAUUAAAAGUUCUCCUUUGAACUACGAGCGCCGAGAGGUGCUGCGUAAAACCUGGGCUAAAGAGAGGUUACAUAAUGGUGUGUGGAUCCGAAGAAUCUUCAUCACAGGAACGAUGGAUACUGGAUUUGAGAAAGAGAGACUAAACAAACUACUUGAGCUGGAGCAACGAGAGUAUAAUGACAUCCUCCAGUGGGACUUUAAUGAAAGAUUCUACAACCUCACCUUGAAGCAGAUAAUCUUCCUGGAAUGGAUGGAAAGAAACUGUCCUAACGCUCGCUUCCUGUUUAAUGGUGAUGAUGACGUAUUUGCCAACACAAACAAUAUGGUUAUUUAUCUCCAAGGCCUCAAAGACAAUGACGGAGGCAAGCACCUCUUUACUGGACAUCUGAUCCAGAAUGUGGGGCCCAUUAGAUCAUCAUCAAGCAAGUAUUUUAUCCCAGUUCAGGUACAGGAAUCAAACUCAUAUCCCCCCUACUGUGGUGGUGGGGGCUUCCUCCUGUCUGGCUAUACAGCUUUGGUCAUAUACAAUAUGUCCAAGUCCAUAACUCUACUCCCCAUUGAUGAUGUUUACAUGGGGAUGUGUCUGGCUAAAGCAGGACUAAGUCCUUCUUCUCAUAUGGGUGUGAAGACAUCAGGACUUCACAUUCCCUCAAGCAAACUAGAUCAAUACAAUCCUUGCUUUUAUAAAGAAGUUUUACUGGUACACAGAUUCCUUCCAGCUCACUUGUACCUUAUGUGGCACAGAAUACAUGAUCCCAAUCUGAAAUGUGGUCCCUCCAAGAAAAUGCUUCAGCAGCAUAAAACUGUAACUUAAAGGUGGUGACAGAGCAUGUUGACACUUUGAUUCCUGCACCAGCUCUUAGGUUGUGAGUACAGGCAUGACCUUUAUCAUUCCAUCAUGAGAAAAGGUUUGAACUAUUUUUCUACCGUGGUUCAGCUGCAGGCUUGGGCAUGUUCAAAUGGAACUGUUUUAAUUCUCAAUGUCAUCACUGCGGGGGAGCAGUCAGCCUGACUUAAAUGAGUCUGCAGUGGGUAGUGGAGUUUUCACAUCCUGUGUUGGUGAGAGACUUUCACUGCAAUCAAAAAUGGGUUUUGCAAAACUUGCUUCAUAUCAGGCUUCAUUGUUGGCUACAUCUGAGCUGACAAAUACAUAGCACUGACAAAUGAUUACCAGUUCUUAUUUAUGGCUGAUAUGUUGGGACAUUAAUUUCUAAAUGUUACACCUUUAUUUAUCAGUUUGUCUAAUGCUUAUUACUGUGAAGAUACCAUACACAAACAGUUGUUCACUGCCAGAAACAGGGUUGAUGAGAGCCAUGAGAUGAAACCAUAUAUUAAGUUUGCAGUCUGCAAAAUGUAAACAACACACAAAACAACAACCAUCAGGCCUCUCUCACUUUACAUGGGGUAAUUUCACAUUCAAUGAAAAUUAUUGAUUAAUGUAGCUUUAAGCUGUUGGUGAAACCAAACUAUGCACAAAUGUUCAUCAUAACAUCUGUACAUCUGUACAUCUUGAAAAUCUCAACCAAAGCUACAGACAUUAACAUGUCUAGCUAACUAUCUUACCAAUGUGACAGCCGCUCUGCUUGGUUCGCCCUGCUGUUGCUCUGUUGCUUCCGUCUCCAGGGUUGCAGAGCUAUCAGAGGUUAAUCAGCGCCCUGUGCACUGAUAUAGAAACAACACCCACCUCUAGUACUUUCAAAUACUCCUUAUUUUUAUAAACAAUGUGAUGGAAUAAUCUUUACAAGGGGUCUCUUGUAAGAAUUAUUAUGCAAAAUUGCUGUAUGCUUUUAGAACUUUGGGAGUUGAUUAAAAGUGGAUUUCCAUGUCUUUUUUUUAACAGUAGUCUGUUGAUUAAAUACAGAAAUAUCGAAAUCAAAUUUAUAUUUAUUCUGCUAAGAAUGUGUUAUACUGCAUAUUGUGAUAUUUUUUUAUUAUUAAUGGAUUUAAGAUGAAUAUGUGUACUGCAUAUAUCAAACAUGUAUAUAUAAAAAAAAGAAAGUUAUGUUGUUGUCCAUAAUGUGUUUUCAGACCUUUUCCAGAGCACACCUGAGGUGUAUAUAUGUAUAUACACAUAUAUGCGAUAGCCAGUGUUCAGCUGUAUACAUUCCAACACCAUUAAGUGAGUUUUUGCAAGUGAACUCAAAUUAAAGAAAAUGAAUGUGCAGCACCAGGUACAUGGGACCUCUUUGCAUAAUACUAGCCUGUAUGAAAUUCCCGUUUGAGAACAUGAAAAGAGACUUACUGACUACCUGAGAACUUUUUCUCUUCUCAAUGAAACAACCACAAACUCACAGUAACCGAAGGAGUGUUUCUUUGCUACCUGAGAUGUGGGCAGGAGUUCAAAGGCUGGGAUGUGUGUAUAGAUACUGAGUGAGAUCAGAGUUCACGAACUUCCAUUUGAGUUAACUAUUAAUAUUGUAGAAUGGAAAACCAUUAGGUUAUUACCGAACUAGGCUGUGCUUUAUCAAAACAAGUGCACUCUGAUAAACCCUCUCAUAAUAGUCUUGUGUGUCAAGGAACAAACAAAUGUUAUGUGUGGGCGGUGAAUGGUUACACUAUAUUCCAUCAUUUAAGGUUUGUGUGAGUGCCUCCUUCUAAUGACAACAUGAGAGGAAUAUUAUCUAAAGGCUCAAUCAAAUGUGGUUCCUAUUUUUAAGAAAGCAAUAUGUUGUGUGGCUUGCAGCUGAAAGAACACAGUAUUGUUAUUUGUUCUGUUAGAGAUUUUUUGCAAAUGUUUUAUAUAAAGUGAAGAUCAUGUGACUAGAGCUAAAUACAGCGUGAGGUUGAAAGCACCUGCUGAAAUGGACAAAUUUAGGGAAUUGAUGUGCCACUAUUUUUUCAGAUUGAUGAAUGUGAGAUCUUCCUCUUAAGGAAAUAGUGGACGUAUCUUUAAAUGGACAUAUUGGAGGUAUAACCAGAUGAAACCUGUAAUAGCUUGUGUCCUGCUAUUGUUUCCUUGUAGUCAGGUCAAUCUGUUAACCUCUUACUGCUUUUCUAUAUUGUUGGAUUUGAUAGAUAUUACACUGUGUCUCUGGAAUUUGUAUUUUCCUCUAGACAAGGAUUUUGCACACCGGUCAGAUAGUGAAGUGACAUUCCAAUAAAAAAA